GGCCUGAGAAAUGACCUGAAGGCUGCUUUGGAUAAGAUUGACCAGCAGUAUCUGAAUGAAAUUGUAGGCGGCCAAGAAGCAGGAGACGACGACUCACAGAAUGACUUGAAAGUCCAUGAGGAGAAUACUACUAUUGAAGAACUGGAGGCUUUGGGAGAAUCCUUAGGACGGGGUGAUGAUCACUAUGAUAUGGACAUCAUAACGAAGUUCUUGAAGUUUCUUCUUGGAGUUUGGGCUAAGGAGCUGAAUGCCAGAGAGGACUAUGUGAAACGAGGAGUACAAGGGAAGCUGAACAGCGCUACUCAAAAGCAGACAGAAUCGUACCUGAGGCCACUCUUCAGAAAACUUCGGAAAAGGACACUUCCUGCCGACAUCAAAGAAUCGAUAACGGAUAUUAUUAAAUUCAUGUUGCAAAGAGAAUAUGUGAAGGCAAACGAUGCCUAUCUUCAGAUGGCGAUUGGAAAUGCUCCCUGGCCUAUUGGUGUCACUAUGGUUGGCAUCCACGCUCGAACGGGUCGUGAAAAGAUUUUCUCCAAGCACGUAGCCCACGUUCUCAACGAUGAAACUCAAAGGAAGUAUAUUCAGGGGCUGAAGAGGCUCAUGACCAUUUGCCAGAAGCACUUCCCAACAGACCCAUCGAAAUGUGUGGAGUACAAUGCUUUAUGAGGCUCUGCUGUGUCCAAGGAGUGACUCAUAUUUUGAUCUCCAAGACCCAGAGAGGAUUGAAGAGACAGAGUUUGUGCUUUAACACCACCGGGAACUUAGGGUGGGCUUUGUGAAAAAGCAUAAAGCAGCAGAUUUUCGACACCUUCUUUUUUACGAGCCCCAUUUAUUAGAUUUCUUUUUAAAUCUAUGCUUCAUGCUGAACACAUC